ACUGACCGGGGAAAUGGAGGUGACUUUGAGCAGCAGAUCAGGUGGGGAUUUAAACUUGUCAUUGUCCCAUCUGAAUUAAACCUCACUUAUUGCAGCUGCUGUCUCAGUUCCCCUGGUAAAUGUUUGACAGAGAUCUCUAGUGUGCACAGGACGAACGGAUCACAAGUGAAAAGAACGCCCGAGAGGAGCACGAAACGCUGGGACAAGGAUGGGAGGAACAGAAGAGAGAGCGCAAGGGACAGAGAGCGGCGAGAGCUGGGCGGAAGUGAAGUCGGAGCACAAAGCCGGUCAGGAAGUUGGAUUGCACCCUACUAGACCAGAGAACACAGAGGAUAGACUACAAAGAUAGAUCUUGACCAUUACCCAAGGAACAACUGCACAACUGUGGGAUGACAUCUAGUCUCUUCACAGCAUUGCUCAACACAGUGAAGGUUGGGCAGUGAAACCAUCAUCUGGAAAUCUGUCAGUCAGGGGAGCUUUCACAUAUCAACAGAUCUGAAACUGGUCAGUGGUGAAGAGCCUUCAUCAGAACCAACCUUUCUGAUCAGUCAGGGUUGAAGCUGGAAAGAAGUGUGAGUGGCUGCAAAUGCAGAGAGAGUUUCAAGCAUUUAUCGAAUCUCAUGAACCACUGACUCUUGCCUCCAGGUGGAAGGCUGCUCAAGUGUGAGGUGUGAGAAGAAGGCUGCACAGGCUCAUAUGGUCUUUUAACAACUGGUAACACAAGAGCUGCUUCAUGGAAGAGGAACCCUUCAAGUGUGAGCUGUGUGAUCAAGCCUUCAAUCAGAAAUUGAUGCUUGUGACUCACCAGCAAAUUCACACUCAGGAGAAUCCAUUCAAAUGUGAGGAUUGUAACAAGACAUUUGUACAGUUAUCAGGCCUAGUGAUUCAUCAGCGCAUUCAUACUGGAGAGAAACCAUUUAGAUGUGAAGUUUGCAAUAAAGUGUUCACAGAGCCAUCAAACCUCCACACACACCAACGUAUUCACACUGGGGAAAAGCCAUUCAAGUGUGAGGUGUGUAACAGGGGCUUUGCACACUCAUCAGGCCUGGUGUGUCACCGGCGUAUUCACACAGGUGAGAAACCAUUUACAUGCGAUAAAUGUAAUAAAUCAUUCUCAAGGUCAUCACUCUUACUUAUGCACCAACGCAUUCACACAGGAGAAAAACCAUACACAUGUAAUGUCUGUAUCAAAUCAUUUUCAUCACGAUCAACCCUCCGUGUACAUCAACGAAUCCACACAGGGGAGAAACCAUUCAUAUGUGAGGUGUGUGACAAAUCAUUUUUAGACUCAUCCACUCUCCGUAAACAUCAGCGUAUUCACACAGGAGAGAAACCAUUCACAUGUGAUGUGUGUGACAAAUCAUUUUCGGAUUCGUCGACCCUCCAUAAACAUCAACGUAUUCACACAGGGGAGAAACCCUUCACUUGCGAGGUGUGUAAAAAAUCAUUCUCAAGGUCACCGAACCUCCUGCUACAUCAGAGGAUUCAUACGGGGGAGAAACCAUUUGUGUGUGAGGUGUGUGAUAAAUCAUUCUCAAGGACAUCAGACCUCCUGCUUCAUCAAAGAACUCACACAGGAGAGAAACCUUUCACGUGUGAGGUGUGCAACAAAGCAUUUUCAAGGUCAUCAAUUUUGCUGGUCCAUAAAAGGAUUCACACAGGAGAGAAACCAUUCACAUGUGAAGUGUGCAACAAAUCAUUCACGAGUUCAUCAAACCUCCUGCUCCAUCAAAGAAUUCAUACAGGGGAGAAACCAUUCACAUGUGAGGUAUGCAGCAAAUCUUUUUCAAGGUCAUCAAUCCUUCUGGUCCACCAGCGGAUUCACACGGGGGAGAAACCAUUCAAAUGUGACGUGUGUGACAAGUCAUUCACGCAGUCAUCUACCCUCCUUGUGCAUCAACACAUUCACACAGGGGAGAAACCAUUCAUAUGUAAGAUAUGUGAGAAGGCUUUCUCCACUUCAUCAGAUCUCCGCAAACACCAACGAAUUCAUACUGGGAAGAAACCAUUUACGUGUGAGAUGUGUCACAAAUCCAUCUUUCUAUCAUCACACUUUAGUGCACACCAACACGUCCACACAGGGGAGAAGCCAUUUUGGUGUGAUAUUUGUUACAUGACUUUCACCAGGUCAGCACAUCUGCUGGUCCAUCAAUGCACUCUCACAAGGGGAAAACCCUAUCGAUGUGAGUUUUGCAAUAAAGAUUUCACACAGUUAUUGGAUUUCCUGAAACAUCAGCAAACUCAUAGAGGGGCUUCACAGGUUCAUCGAAUCUCCAAACACUUACGGUGCAUUUGUUGUUUAAUUGUUAACACAGUCAGCUACAUGGAACAAAAGCCUUUCAAAUGUGAGGUGUGUGGUAAAGGUUUUUUGGCCUCUUCAAGCCUCCUGAGACAUCAGAGGAAUCAUACAGGAAAGAAACCCUGCAGGUGUGAGAUUUGUAAGUUGGCUUUUACCCAAUCUUCUGAUCUGCUGAAGCACCAGAGAAUUCAUACGGGGGAGAAACCAUUCACAUGUAAGGUGUGUGACAAAUCAUUCUCACGAUCUGAGAACCUCCAGACACACCAACGCAUCCACACAGGGGAGAAACCAUUCACAUGUGAGGUAUGUGAUAAAUCAUUUUCAUCGUCAUCUGAACUCCGUGUACACCAACGCAUUCAUACAGGAGAGAAACCAUUUAUGUGCAAGGUGUGCAACAAAUCAUUCUCACAAUCAUCGAACCUUCAUGCACAUCAACAUGUUCACACAGGAAAGAAACCCUUCAUGUGCAAGGUGUGUGACAAAUCAUUCUCAGACUUAGCAGGGCUCUGCAUACACCAACGCAUUCACACUGGGGAGAAGCCAUUUACAUGCGGGCAGUGUGACAAGUCAUUUUCACAAUCAUCAAAUCUCCGCACACACCAGCACGUUCACACACAAGAGAAACCGUUCAAGUGUGAGGUUUGCAAGAAAUCAUUCUCAAGAUCAUCACACCUCCUACUCCAUCAGAGGGUUCACACAGGGGAGUAGCUAUUCAAAUGUGAGGUUUACGACUAAAUUUUAGUAAUGUCUGUGCUCCUGGAAUGCAUGCAGAUUUGCAUGGGAGAAACAUUUCAGGUAUGAAGUUUUUGACAAAGCUUUCACACAGUGUUUAUUCAGCUCCAUCAAAAGCUGAGAGAAACCCUAUCAGUCGUUCAGUCUCCUAGAACAUCAGGAAACGCACAAAAGGACAACCAGUAGAUACAACUUUUUAUUGAUAAACUGUUAGAUUUGUGAACUGUCUAGCCAGGUCCUAUCCCAUCCUGUACCCAGUCUCACUGUGCAGGGUGUUCAGUGGGACUGGGACACAGAACAAGAAGCAGCUUUCACUUCCAUCAAACAACUAGUGAUGACAUCACCAGUGCUGAGGGAUGAUGAUGUAACAAUGGAGUCACCCUGCAGUGUGAUGUCAGUGAAACAGGACUUGGAGUAACCCCCAGGCAGUGAGGACAGCCCGCUGUGUUUGUAUCCAGAGGGUUUACACAAACUGAACACUGUACACAGAUUGAAAGAGAGUGCACCUGGCUAUUGUCUUUACUUGCGAGCUUUUGGAGAGAGAGAAAAAAAUUAUGGUUGCAUCUGAGCACAAGCCAAAUCAAAGCAUUUUCUCCAAUCACUUUUAUCUGGUUUUCAGUGUUUUCAAAGGAUGUUAUUUUAUUUGCAGAGAUAUUACUUGGAAGUGAAGUUCAACCAAGGAAGGCAAAUGUAUGUAGCUGACAUGCACUCAAAACCUACACACUCUGAAGGAAGUUGAUGCUGAUACAAAUUGCGAUAUUUUCCAGAUUCAACAAGAAACAACAGCAUCACAUGCUCUAAAAGCUUUUGGUCUCCUCUACAUUACAGAGACCAAGCACAAACUGGCAGAAUGGUUAAGGGAACAUCUCUAGUCCAUACACAACAACCAACCCCACUUUCCAGUAGCCAUCCAUUCCAACUCCCCCUCCUACUCCCAUUCUCCUGAUGACAUGUCCAUUCUGGGCCUCCAUCCUCACCUUAAGGCCACCCGCAAACUGUAGGAAAAACACUUCAUCUUAGCAGCCUUCAACCACACAGCCUCAACAUUGCAUUCACCAGUUUCCAAACCUCCCUACACUCCACCCCAUCCAAAAUCCAGCUCUCCAACUCAGCACCGCCCCCUUAACCUGAGCUAACCUUUCCAUUUUCCUUCCCACUUAUCCACUUACCCAUCCCACUGACCAAUUACUAUCUUCUCCUACCUGCGUCCACCUAGCACCAUUCCACCUACCUUCCCCUAUUUAUUUUUUUAGCCUCGUUCCUCCUCCCCGCUCUUGAUGAAGGGUCCUGCCUGAAAGGUUGACUCUCCUCCUCCUCCUCAGAUGCUGCCUGACCUGCUGUGCUUUUACCAGCACCACACUUUAUCAACUCAAAAAAUUAUCAACCUAUCAGAUAUUUAAUCUGACAGACAAGAGUCUUGCUCAGGUGAAACCAACACCACAACAAGGUACAACUCUUUAAAAACAUCAAGUUAAACAAAAUAAAGAGCUGCUUGUGGGUCUUGACAUUCCAGGCAGCCCAUGGAUGAAGCUUAGAGUACAGCUCUUCACUGUCACUGGAACUGAUUAUCUUCUCACAGUUGACUACUAUUCAGACAAUGCGGAGUUAGAGCAGCUGAUGAAUGUCUGACAGCACACUUCAGGCGCCAUAACAUUCUUGACAAUGUGAUCAGUGACAAUAACCUCAGGCACUUCAUGAGUGAUCGAGAAAUUCAGCACCACACAUUAUCUCCACACUACCCCAGUGAAAAUUGCUAAAAACAUCAUUAAGAAAUCACCCAAUUCUGGCAACGAUAUGUAGGAAAUAAUAUUUUUCCACACCAAUAUUACCAAUGUCACUGCAUCCAGACUAUUGUUCUAAAUGCUAAAAAAAAUGUAAAAAUAGGAAUGAGUUACAAGAUCAAAGUGAACCAACAAUCAAAUUUCACUUUGAUAAAGCUGCCGAAUCAUUUCCAGGGCUAAUAGUUGGGGAGCCAGUCAGAAUGCAACCAUUCAAUGCACUUCACAAGAAUCACUUGGCAACUGGGACCCAUGGAUAGAGAGUGUCACCUCAGUUUUAAUGCAGCACAACUGAAAAUUCAGAUCCAUCAUCAAGGGAGGCGAUGGCCUAGUGGUAUUAUUGCUGGACCCAGUUAAUGUUCGGGGGACCUGUGUUCAAAUCCCACCACAGCAGAUGAUGGAAUUUGAGUUCAAUUUUUAAAAAUCUUGAAUUAAGAGUCUAAAUGAUGACCAUGAAUCUGUUGCCAAUUGUUGUGAAAAUCCAUCUGGUUCACUAAUGUCCUUCAGGGACGGAAACUGCCAUCCUUACCUGGUCUGGCCUACAUGUGACUCUAGACCCACAGCAAUAUGGUUGACUCCUAACUGCCCUUCAGAUUAGAGAUGGACAACAAAUGCUGUCUAGCCAGUGAUGUCCACAUCGUGUGAAUGAAUAUAAAAAACAUGCUGUCAUCUAUGUGCAUUGGAGAAUGCAGACAAGAGUCUUGCUCAGGUGAAACCAACUAGACAAGGUGCAAUUCUUCAAAAACAUUAAGUUAAACAAAAUAAAGAGCUGCUCAUAAGUCAUGACAUUCCAUGAAUGAAGCUUGGAGUACAGCUCUUCACUCUCAGUGGAACUGAUUAUCUUGUCACAGUUAACUACUAUUCAUAACAAAUAGCUAAUGAAACAGUGACUGAGCAUGAAACUGAAUGAUCAUCAUGGAGGUCAACUGUCACCCAGCAAAUCAGCAGUGACUGUUACACAGCAACAUUCCCAAGAGAAUCACCAGUAGACACCAGAUGAACAGUCAACUUCUAUGCACUCCAUCAGAUUUACAAGAACAAGGACUUUUUUUUUAUUAAUGCAGGAUAAUUUUUUAUGGUAUUUGUAUGUGAAUACUUACAAGCAAGUGCAUACACUUCUUAUUAAAUG